AUGCCCAGCUGGGACACGAGCCUCGUGACGGACAUGUCCUACUUGUUCUGUCCCAGUUCGUCGUGCGGGGGCGUCGCCUUUGACUCGAGCUCAUUCAACGAAGACAUCGGCUCAUGGGAUACCUCCAAGGUCACGGGCAUGGGUAUCAUGUUCCGAGACGCCGCCGCGUUCAAUCAAGCCAUCGGCUCGUGGGAUACCUCGCAGGUCACGGACAUGAGGUCCAUGUUCUAUGGCGCCGCCGCGUUCAAUCAACCCAUCGGCUCGUGGGAUACCUCGCAGGUCACGAGCAUGGCGUACAUGUUCCGUGGCGCCGCCGCGUUCAAUCAAGCCAUCGGCUCGUGGGAUACCUCCAAGGUCUUGAGCAUGGGGUCCAUGUUCAAUAGCGCCACCGCCUGGCAAGCGAGAUACACGAACUGUGGUUCUGGCAGUUCCCACUCCGCCUGCAGCGAGUUCACGUCGUUCUCGAGCUCGGCAGGCUCAACCGAUGGUCCACCCGCCGCAUGGCAUCUAUCCUGA